UGCCAACCAGCCAGCAGGACUACAGGGCGCCGCAUCUUUGAAUGCUACUCAAGUGCUCCAUGGAUCUCAUGUAAGCCAGAGGAUAACCUCGUCCGAGCUUUGGCCUCUGACUGUCAGCUGCUUUUACUGACCUAUCUUCUUGGCUUUAACGCCGCAUAUACCCCGCUAGCUUGACAGGCUAGUAGCUACUGCUAAGCUGCGAUGUUUCCCUUGUUAACAUGUUAGCUCACAGCGGUAAUGUCAGCAAACAUUUCGUUUAUCUGAUGAGCAACUGCAUUACCAGCUUUCUUGUUAGUUAGACAUUAACGUUAUACUAGGUAAAGUGGCUCUUACAUUUGCAACCACAUUGUCCUGUGUGUGUAGCAUUAGCAUUCAAGGGGAAAAACACUUGCUACCGCUAUAGUCUUUGCAGAUGGUAACCAUCAUUUCACACCAUUAGAUUUAUCACAUGCUAAUUAGUGCGAUAUCUGAUCGAAAUGGCUAAAACAGCAUUGCUUAGCCUGGCAGCAUCUCACGGCAGUUCAUAGAGGCCACAGCAGAGGACUGUCCAGGAGGAGCCACGCAGUACUCCAUCUGCCUCUGCAGAGCCACAAAGGAAGAAAUAUUGGUAUGAUAAUUCUUGGACAUUAAAAACCGACAGAGAGCACAAUGGAGUCUGUAAGGAGUGCUUUCCACGCACAACUGGCCACCGUCAUGGACUCGCUGCUGGCAGCUGCCGUGUGUGAGAUCGCCAAGAUCUUUGAGAGUAGUCUGUGUGAACAGCAGGCGGAGCUAGCGCAGAAAACUCAGGAGAUCUCCAUCCUCCGAGGAAAGCUGGAGAGGAGGCCGAAGACCAAGGGUGGAGGGAGUGAAGAGGGGGAGAUGUCUUCUGGAGACAAGGAGGGAAGCCUGAGACAGCAGAGCCUGACAGCAUCAGAACUCAAUGUUGGAAAAGAUUCAUCCUCUCAUUCAGACACCACAGAAGGACUCAGUCAGAGCCUCAGUGGUCUUAAAGAGGAGGUCACAUGUCAGGAUGGAGCUUCAGUAAAACUUGAGCGUGCUGGAUCAAGGACCACACAGGGGUCUGUCACCAUCCAGGCGCCUGAGGGGAGCCUUUCUGCUGUGGAUCAGAGGCAGAUAGAUGCUCUGUCUACCACACAAGCCAAAGCAAAAAUGUCUCUUUGGGAACAGAGCAGUCGCAGUGCAGACCAUAGAUCCCAGGAUCAAGUCUCCACCCCUUUUCUCUCUAUUUCUCAAAGCGGGAGAUGCUCCCCCAGGACUGACCCAAACCUAGCUCACCCAGGAGAGUGGUUGCCGGGGCUUGACACUUCGCGAGGUGUAACCAGUCUGGAGAGCGUACAGGCAGAUGGCACCAGCUGCUCUGGCACAGCUAGCAGCAGCGCUGGCACAGAUGCGCACUGCUACAGACCCAGUUUUGGUUCUGAUGAGACUAGCAACGAGGAUGAUGAAAGCUCUUUCCCAUUCAUGGACCAGGAGCCUGAGAACCACAACUCCAAUCAGACAUCAGUCCAGGGUCCAGGUGUGGGGAUAAGGGGGACACGGCAGGUUCAACCGCAGACAGCCUCUGGUGAAUCAUCAUGGAGACCAAGAGACGACAGAGGUGGGAGGGGCCCCAUCAGUCACACUCGGCGGGUUACAUCUUUUACAAAUAGAGACCCACUUAGACCACAGUCCAAUUCACAGUUGCUUGCACUCCGACACUCAAACACUCUGAGUCACCCUGCAGCUCCUAGUGGGGGGAACGGACGACCGUACACAUGCCCAUACUGCACCAAGUGUUUCACCUACCCCUCCCACCAGCGCAGACACCUUUUGCGCCACACAGGAGUCCGAUUGCACCCCUGUCAGUUUUGUGAAAAGAGCUUCCUUACUCCUUCUGAGCUCACCGUGCACACACGAACACACACAGGAGAGCGGCCUUUUGGCUGCGCUCAGUGCGGAAAACGCUUUGCCCGUAGUGGGAAUUUGAGAGCCCACCAACGGGACGUUCACAUGGGGAAGAGACCAUUUGCUUGCACUGAGUGUGGGAAGAGAUUUGCCCACAGGGGGAACCUGAGGGUGCAUAAUCAUAGAGUUCAUCAAGGUGAUCCCUAUUACAUAGAUGAUCAGCAGGAGCCAGAUCUGGGCCAAAAUCCCAUCUGAGGGACUGAAAAAUGAUGGGUCUGCACUUUAAUGAAGUCACAAAAUAAACAGUAGUUUGUACAGGACUGCCUUUUGUGUCACACAGAAACUCUUUCCUGAACACUUAAAUUUUGAAGAAAUCAGUUUUGUUUGAUUUUAUUAAAUUGUUUUGUGAGGCAGUGUUUAAAUUCAACACUAUUGAAGUUUAUUAUUUGUUAUUAAUGAGGUAAAUGGUCAAAGUAAAAGUCAACUUCAGUGUCUUUGGUUUUUUUUUUUCAAAUGCAAUGUCACACAAAAAAGAGCACUUUUUAAUUUUCCAAAAAUGCCAGAGUAAUUAUUUCCUCAGUGACUUCCCAUUCAUGAUGUUUCCCUGUCAGUCAGAGCUAUCCAACAGAUUUAAGUACUUUCAAAAUAGAUUUAAUUUAAGUUAAAGAAAUACAAAAUAAUAAAGACGGUUUAGACUUUCUUAGAUUUAGACACAUGGCAUGCAGAGGUAGGAUAGCGUGUCUCUUCCUUCACAAUGUGCUGCACCUCUCAAACUUUUGUUUUGUGCUGUCAAAUGGGACGCUUUUCUCACAAAGUACGUAACCACAUUGUUAGAGAAGUACUGUGCUUUUAUUUACCAUCUGUCUUUGCAAAGUGACA